AGAAAUGUUCAUGUUGCUGCUUCUCGUCCUUUUGGCUUACUCAACCCACAGUUAUAAGAUGGCCGUAAUUGUCUGGGAUAUCUCCAAUAGUCAGUUGCUGUUUAACGUGAGAGUAGCCGAAGUGCUGGCAAAUGCGGGCCACGAUGUCACCAUCGUGUGCAUAUCUUCAAUGAGUGACCGGGACAACAGCGACAUCAAAAUAAGCAGCAAAGUCAAAGUUCACACAGUGUUCGCUGCUACAAACUUUACCAGAAAGGAGAUGGAAGACAAGCAAGAGGAGUUAGUUUACGGUGAUUUAUCUGCACUUCAGUUGAUGUCUAGAUUUUCUCAGCAGACUCAGAUGAUUGUCGACACCUGUCGUGCGACAUUGAAGAAGAAGGAGCUUAUUCCGUGGCUGAAAUCACAAAAAUUUGAUUUGGCUUUCGCUCACAUAUUUGACGUUUGCCCAAUUGCGCUGAUCCAUGCCGCUAAGAUUCCGAGUUGGAUAUGGCUCAGCAGCGGCACAGUGAUGGAUUAUAUGGCAUAUCUUAUCGGAAUACCAACAAUACCGAGCUACGUGCCGCCUGUUCUGAUGACUGCUGUUGGUGAGAUGACUUUUACUCAACGAACGAAGAGUCUGAUUGGACGUGCGCUUACAAAGUUCUUUUGGAAAAGGCAAAUUGCUGAUCCAGAAAUGGAACUUUUUCAAAUUCACAUAUCUCCUGAUUUUCCUGAUAUUCUUGAGCUGGCUGCAAAAUGUCCGUUAAUCAUGGCAAAUACCAAUGAGCUCUACGAUAUUCCAAGACCAACACUCGCCAAAGUGGUACAGAUAGGCGGAAUAGGAAUGGAACUCAAGGACGCAAAACCACUACCUAAAGAUAUACAAACAAUCGUCGACGAUGGAGAUGGUGUUAUUAUAUUUUCAUUUGGAUCUGUCGCUCCUGCACACAAAAUGCCUCAGAAGUGGAAGGAAAUCUUUUUGAAAACUUUCGAGAAAUUCCCCAAAUAUAAAUUCUUGUGGAGAUACGAAAAAGAUGAUAUCAAAGCACUGCUUCCUCCAAACGUUCACGCAAUCAAAUGGCUACCACAAACGGACUUGCUACGCCUUCCAAAGACUCGAGUUUUCAUUACCCAUGGAGGAUUCAACAGCAUUCAGGAAGCGAUCAACACCGGCGUGCCUGUCAUUUCGAUACCUCUCUUCGGCGAUCAACCGAAGAAUGCACUGCUUGCCAAACAUCAUGGGUUUGGCUUAGUCUUACAAAAAAGCGAAAUAUCAGUUGAAACAGUCUCCGCUGCCAUCAAUGAGAUCAUCUCCAAUGAGAGGUAUGCCACUGCUGCAAAGAGAAUGUCGAACAUGGUAAAGCACAAGCCGGUCAGCCCAGCCCACCUGUUGGUAAGAUGGGCGGAGUUCGUUGCAGAGUUCAAAACGCUGGAGAACCUCGAGCCAGCUGGGAAUAAACUCAACUUCAUCCAGUACCAUUCGCUCGAUGUUAUUCUUGCACUAUCCGUCCUUGUAAUUGGUGUCUUCGCGCUUGUAGCCGUCUUGUUGAGUUAUACUGUGCGCAGACUCGUGGCUGCCACGAGUGUAUCCAAGACAAAAAGGGACUGAUUGUUAAACAACGAGUGUGGUAGACCUUAAGAGAAUCCAGUCAAGAGCAUAUACGAGGUCGUGUUUCGUUGUACACUCGCUGCCACUGAAUCACAAUAUUUUAUGAAU